AUGGAUACUGGUCAUUACUUGCGUGUGCUUCCGGCAUUCCUCGUUGCCUUGUCGUCUGCCGUAGUGGCUCAGUCAGGUCUCAAACAGGAGGUCCUAAGCACAUUCAUAUAUACCAACUAUGGAGAUCGAACGCCUUUCGUAUUCUCAUCGCCAGCCACUCUGACACCACUUGGUGCUCACCAACUAUUUGAGGCGGGCGCCAAAGUCCGCCAACGCUAUGUGACUCCAAUUGAAGGAGAUGCCGACGUCACGACCAUUGCGGGCAUCUCACCAUUUCAGCUCCAGUCCGAACAACUCACUGUUCUAGCCGGUCAGGAGCAAUAUAUUACAGGCUCUGCUCAGGCCUUUCUUCAAGGCCUCUACCCUCCAUUGGAGACAUUUUCCAAUUACACUUACAUAGCCGGCGAAAGUACAAUUGAGAAUGGCACGAACUUGGUGGCUCCCUUAGAUGGUUACCAAUAUCCAGCUAUCCUCACAAUGACCAGCAACGACAUGAACUCGAUUUGGCUUGACGGCAGCCACAACUGCCCAACUUGGAGGGCGUCUGUCAAUGACUACUAUCAGACCGAUGCUUUUGAAAACUUACGAAACAGCACACAGUCGUUCUACGCAAGCCUUCAGUCAGAUUUCCUUGAUGGAUACUUCUCAACUCCAUCUGCCGGGUAUCUUGAUGCUUACUACAUCUACGACUACCUCAGAUAUGCUAGUGUCCACAACACCACUGUGGCGAGGCUACUUGAGCCAGAAGAUCUGACGAAGGCCAGGAUCCUUGCUGCCGAUUUGGUCUUUGCCCAGAAUGCAGAUAUUGCAGUGUCGGGGCCAGUCGAGGGUGACCAAAUUAGAGCUAUCGCGGGCAGGACAUUGGCGACUCGAAUUUUACAAGCAUUCUACACAAGCAUAAACACUGAAGGAAAUUCAGCAAAGAUGACACUGCUGUUUGGUGACUUCCAACCCAUGGUCGCUUUUGCUGCACUAGCAGGUUUAACCUCACCUCAAAAUGCUGCCUUCUAUAGUCUUCCCGAGCCAGGAGCGAGCUUUGUCUUCGAACUAUCCUCGAUGCAAGCCGAAGCCGACAGGACAUAUCCCGAGAAUGACGAGAUCUUUGUGAGAUUCUUUUAUCAAAAUGGCACAGGCACUGAUUCACAACUUGUCGAAUAUCCUCUCUUCGGGCUGAGUCCAAGCCAGACUAUGAUUCCCUUGACAGAUUUUGUCACAAACCUACAACAGUUCAUGAUGUUGAACGUUGAGGACUGGUGCACGACGUGUAAUUCGUUCUCAGUUUUCUGCCCAGCAUUCGUGAACGACGACGGAGCCCUCUGUCCAACGACCCAAUCUUCUGGCGGAAACAAUAGAGGACUAUCCCCUGCCGUUGCUGGUGUGAUCGGUGCCGUGGUCACUCUAGCUGUCGCGGCACUAGUAUUUGGCGCGGUGGCACUCUUUGGUGGUGUUCGCGUCCACCGAGUGCAGACAAAACGCCGGUCAGAACUCGGAGGGUUUAAAGGGUCAGAAAGACUAGCAAGCGAUCAAGAUCUGACCAUCCCCAAGGGAAGUGCGGGAGCGGUGGUGAUAGCAAGCCCAGACCCGGUCCAGACCCGCGGUCAUGAACGUGUAGGCAGCUGGGAAUUGAAGGAUCAAGCAAAGGCAAAGGAGAUAGAAAGGGGAAUGUUCGAUAUCAAUUCCACUCGUCCAAGACGCCCAUCCUACGAAGACGACGACAUGCCAAUCAACCCAUUCACCUCUCCAACCGACCCCAAGCACCACGUCUGA